GUGGGCAUUGGAGGCGCGGGCGCUUUGAAGCGGAAUGGCGGCCUUCAGCACCCCGCUGGGGCCGGGCCGGCGGGGAGCGGCGGGGAGCAGCGCUAGCCAUGCUCUGCACUUCUCGUCCAGCAGCGAUGAUGAAUUUGAAAUGUUUUUAGUGAAAAUGAAAACUCCCAAAUCAGUCUCCAAAAAGGAGGAUUCAAGUUUGAAGGACUUCAUCAACGACUCGAUGGACGAUUUCUUCUUGGAUUUUAAAAUGAAAAAGAGCACAACAAAGAAGGGCAAGACAGCACCAAGAGAUCUUCAGACCCCAAAGAAGCUGAUGACUUCAGAGAAGGAAAAUGCUUGCUCCAAAGAGCUGCAGUAUCCAGAGGUUCUGAGUGACACGCAUGAUUCUGUGUUUGUGGACAGCCCCUGGCAGGAAUACCGACGUGGAGGAGUGAAGGACCUGAAAGAGAGUUGGAAGUGCCUAAAAGUGCCACCUCCACAAAAUGGGAAAGAUUCGGCAGGGAGUCUGGGCUUCCCUGCUGGAAGGGCAGAAAGAAGCUGUGAGGGGAGUACAGGAAAUAAAACAUCAGCCACGCCACUCCGACAGAGUGCAGAGUUAAAAUCAGACAGCUCAGAUAGUGAGUUUGAAUCAUUAAUAGAGCGGAUAAGGAAACGGAAUACACCCCGGAAACCCAUCUUAAGCACAAGUAAAACUGUCUACCAGCCAAGCACAAGAGAAAACAUCGAGCCGCUCUGUGAAGGUGCCCAGUCCUUGGAUGGAAAGGGAGUCAAGAUACCAACAUCAAAAUCUGUUUCGCUUCAAGAAACACCUUCCAAGAUAACAGCUUCUGCAAGAAUUCCUAAGAGUGAAUCUGUCAGUUGCUCACAGUCAGAGAAAAAGCUUAACGUGUGCUCAGUGCCUGGCUGCUUCUUACAAGAUCUCUCAAGUCCAGAUUCCCAGUAUGUGAAGUAUUUCAAGAAGAGUAAAGAGGAGCUGACACAGAAGCUUUACUGUCUCUAUAACAGCACCAUCUUUGAACAGAAGUUACCAGAGAAAAUGGUAAUAAACUGGAACAAAAAAAUGAGAAAAACAGCAGGAUACUGUGUAACUGGGCAGACAAAAGGCCCUGAAGCACAGCGUUAUGCUCGGAUAGAACUGUCAGAGAAAGUCUGUGAUUCUGCAGAUCGCCUUCGAGACACACUAAUUCAUGAGAUCUGCCAUGCAGCCACCUGGCUGAUCAAUGGUGUCCGUGAUGGGCACGGCCGAUUCUGGAGGUUCUAUGCCAAUAAAUCAGCUGUGGUUCACCCAGAACUGCCUGUGGUAACACGCUGUCACAGUUAUGAGAUUAAGUACAAAUUCACGUAUGCGUGUGUUGUGUGCAAAGCCACGAUUGGCCGCCACUCCAAGUCCUUGGACACGGAGCGCUUUGUGUGCGCGUUCUGCGGGGGGCGGCUGGUGCUGAGUCAGCCCACUCCAAAGGAUGGCACCCCUGCCAGGACCAACCUCACACCCUUUGCAAAGUAUGUCAAAGAAAACUACGGUCUAACUAAAAGAGAGCAGCAGGGUUUGAGUCAUGCUGAAGUGAUGAGGAAACUCAGUGCCGAUUUUGCUUUGAAAACGAGGCUUGAAGAUUCCUUGUAAUGGUGUGAUACGUUUACUGCUUUGAUGCCACUCAGUUUUUCUGUGUGGCAGUAAAUAGAUGAGCCGAUUGUGGAACCUGUGUGUGUUGUAGAGGAUUCCAGACCAUUUGACUACUUUGGAUUUCAAAGCUUCCUAUAAAGAGCCUGAGACCUUUUCUAAACUGGACAAAAGUGAGCAAAGAGUGAUGAUGAUGAUGAUGGCAAGUCCGUGGCAGUGAUGCACAGAUCAUUCAGUCAGGCUCUCUCUCUUGUAAGACGGACCCUUUCUUGGACACAGCUGUUAAUGUUUGUAGUUUUCUGAUCAGUAUUUACACUCAGUGCUUCAUAGCACGUGUUCCUUGACUCCUGUGAGCAAUGGGUUUAUUUUUUCACCUGUGCAGCUGACCUGCUCAGUUGUACAGGUGCUGUACAAUCUUGUGUGUACUGAUCUGCCUGGCUCUGCCAGAAGAAAACCCAGGUACCUGAGCAGCCGUCUGAUUCUGUCUGAGUGACUUGUGGACAAGGUAGGAGGCAGACCUGAAGAAAACUUCAACAUGAGUUCAGUUGUCCUCCCAAGGAGAGUUUAUCUGAGUGACCUUGGCUGUUCUUGUUAAAAGCAAUAGGUAAGCAGUGCCUUGACUCCAGUAGCAGCAGGUUUUGAAAAGUUAGUUCCAAGCGCGAUCAAAAUCCUUUGAUUAAAUUUAGACUUCAGUUUUGUCUUGGUCACAUUCAGUAUUUUUCUUACCAUAGAAUGUGAAGAUCCAGUCUGAUGAUGCAACUUUUUCAUGCGGAGCGUGAUUAAAUUAGUUAUGGUGUUUGUGUGUGCUGUGAACAAAUCACUCAGGUGGCUGUUACUUUGGAAUAAUCAAUAAAUGGCUUUUAAUACUACGUGUCCAAGUGAAGUAGGCUCUUCUGUUGCUAUUUAACCCAGGCUAUGUAGCUUUGGUAUGUGAAAAAUUGUUUUUUUCUAGGUCACCCUGCUUGCUGCAGCUGAGCUGGGCUCUGACUGCCUCAUGAGCUACUCUAUGAACACCCUCAUCUUGUGUGCACAGAGGGCUGCAGUAGGACAGAAAGCAACUUCAUUCAUGCUUGUUUCUAGCAGUGCCUCACUCUUACAGUGUGUGUAUGGGAUUCAGGGCCUGAAAUGGAUCUGCAAGGUUGCACUUCCUUCCUUGAACGCCAGGACAGUCCUUCCCAAAAGCCCCAUAUGCACCUGAGCCACUGCCCUUAGCCAUGCAGCAGAGUGCUAGUUAGGGCUGUGGCCAGCUGUUGCAGCUGGCCAUGCAAUGGGACACAUUCUCUUACCCAGAACUUUAAGGUAUUUUGGUCAGAAAUUUUGCAUUGAGAUAGAAAUGUAAUGUACAAGUUGGGGGAUGCUCUGAAAUCUAGCACCAAGGACAUCUAAAAAACUACAGCAUAUGACAGCCUUGUACAUCUAUCAGUUAUCUUCCCAGCAUCUUAAUCAUCUUCUCUCUUGGAAAGAAUCACAAUCUGUACCCUUGAGCCAGCAAAAAGAAUCCAUUUUGUAAGAAGGUUCAGUGCUGAGUAUGCAACAGCACUACAUGAAAUAGAAGAAAACAGAUGGUGGCCAAGAAGUGCGGGUACUGACACUCAAUUUGGUGUAGCAGCCAUUUCAUUUCUACUCCAAACAGCUUUUGCUUUGGAAUUUUUUAUUUGGGUUGAGGUACACUGAGCAUAGACCCUAUGUCAAAGCUCUUCCAGGUCUGUUCCCAGGCUUCCCUGUUACCUAACCAAUAAUCCAGAACCAUUGCUAGCUGUACAAUCGUGGUCAACUGAAGAUACUAAAAGAGGGCAUAAGUUGGCAGCAUCAGAUAGAUACAACAGCAGGGACAUUAAGUCCUUCCUCCUCUAAUCCUCCUAUUCUAGGCUUCUGGAAUACAAGUAAAGCAGAAGGACUUCUGUCAAAUUAUAAGUGGAAACAACAAGUUCCCUAAGUCUAUCCCUACAGAACUGAAGUCUUCUCUACCGAGAGAUGCUGCCUAACCCGAGCACAGAGCUAGACUUGUGCUGCACGAUGCAGCACCCAGAGAGGUAUUGCUGUUCUCCAUCAAGCUGGAGUACACAGAACCUUUAUCCCACCGAAGUGCUCUUUGCUGCAGG